AGUCAACGUUCAGCCUUCAAAUCGCACAGUUCGGCGCGGCAGCAGCUCCGUAAGUAGUCGACAUCAAAAGAGUCCACUCAGCUCGUGUGUGUGCGUGAGUGUUUGUCGUGCUUGUGCAUGCUCGUGUGUGUGUGUGUGUGUGUGUGUGCUUACGUGCCUGUGUCUGUGUGUGUGAAAUUCUCAACUGUCGAUCAAUUGACAGGGCUCUCGUUAAGCCCAAAUAUCAUGCGCGCGAUAUAUAGAAAAUCGAGUUAAUACAAAUACGAGUAACUAAUUCAAUGACGGUUAAAUCGUGCUAACGGUUCUUGUCAGCCCAAAACGGUUAACAAUCAGCAAACUGUCAACAAUUUGUUAAUUGGUCUGAUGGCAGCACGAGCGGCAAUCAUUUAUCGUCAUGCCGCCUGCAGUUGUCCAGUGAACUGUUAUUAACUGGCUUUUGGCACACACACACAACACACACGAUUGGCCAUUGGCGCCAUUGGUCACGUUUUGUUGACCAUUUGUUGUUAUCCCGGGCAAAAGUAAAUGACUCUGCUGACAACGUUGCAUACGUUGAACGGAAAAACUGUUGAAAAUGUGCAAUUUCCGUUUGGGAAAUGUGGCAUGACGAAGGCUAGGCAUUGCACGACAUACGCCUAGGACAGUGUUUAGUUUAUUCUGCUCACAUUGUGUGGAAAUGGAAAAUGAAUAGCAGAAUGCAGCUUAUGAAUAGACUAAUCGUCCACAGCAGCAGACCCAUCAAUUGCUCAUCGACAGAGGGAGGUGCAUUCAAACAAUAAACAGACCGUGUAUCCAAAAAUCACAAUCGAAGCCAAAAUGCGAAGCCGCUGUUGCCUGGCAAUUUGUUGUUGUUGCUUAUCAUUCUGAGAUUGAAACUCGAGCAAACGUUACCACAGGCAGCGAUUGCGAAAGCAACAAUUAAGUUAUUGUCUCCCAAAUCCCCUUUCCCAAUUCACUUAGCCACUUACCCCAAAGGCAACAUGACAAAUGCCGUGAGUGCUGCAACGGCCAUUGCCGCGCUUGCCGCAGCAGCAGCCGCAGCAGCAGCAGCCUCCAAUCCUGCCAGCAGCUACAACAAUAACAACAACAACAACAACAAAAGCAUCAGCCAUACCAUCAGCAGCAGCAGCAGCAGCAUCAGCAGUACAAAUGGCAGUCAUCGUAAUCACAGUGUGCUGCUAUUGGCAGCGGAUCACCUGCCGUUGCAGGUGACAACUACCAAGGUGGAUCUGGAAUUUGAAAUUGACAUUCAACUGCUGACAAAUGGAUAUGAUGGCACCACGCUGACAUCGUACUACAAUGAGACGAGCUGGACAAAUGCCUCUGAAAUGGAUACAAUAGUUGGCAUCUUUUUAUCGGUGCUGAUAUUCCUUUCGGUUGCCGGCAAUAUUCUCGUCUGCCUGGCCAUCUACACGGAGCGAAGUCUGCGCCGCAUUGGCAAUCUGUUUUUGGCCUCAUUAGCGAUUGCGGAUCUCUUUGUGGCCUCUCUGGUGAUGACAUUCGCUGGUGUCAACGAUUUGCUCGGCUAUUGGAUCUUUGGUGCAGAGUUUUGUGAUACAUGGGUGGCCUUUGAUGUCAUGUGCUCGACGGCAUCUAUUCUGAAUCUGUGUGCCAUAUCCAUGGACCGCUACAUACACAUCAAGGAUCCGCUCAGAUACGGGCGCUGGGUAACACGACGGGUGGCUGUUAUUACGAUUGCAGCCAUUUGGCUGCUGGCCGCAUUUGUUUCGUUUGUGCCUAUUUCGCUGGGCAUCCAUCGACCCGACCAGCCGCUGAUUUUCGAGGAUAACGGUAAGAAGUACCCAACAUGCGCACUGGAUUUGACACCCACAUAUGCCGUCGUCUCCAGCUGUAUCAGUUUCUACUUUCCCUGCGUGGUCAUGAUUGGCAUCUACUGUCGGCUUUACUGCUAUGCCCAGAAGCACGUGAAGUCCAUCAAGGCGGUAACAAGACCCGGUGAAGUGGCCGAAAAGCAACGGUAUAAGAGCAUACGUCGUCCCAAGAACCAGCCAAAGAAGUUCAAGGUGCGCAAUCUGCAUCACAGUUCCCCGUAUCACGUAUCCGACCACAAGGCUGCAGUCACAGUUGGCGUCAUAAUGGGUGUGUUCCUCAUAUGCUGGGUGCCAUUCUUCUGUGUGAACAUCAUGGCUGCCUUCUGUAAGACGUGCAUUGGCGGCCAGACUUUCAAGAUACUCACCUGGUUGGGCUACUCGAAUUCCGCUUUCAAUCCGAUUAUCUACUCCAUAUUCAACAAGGAGUUCCGGGACGCCUUCAAGCGUAUACUGACAAUGCGCAAUCCGUGGUGCUGUGCACAGGAUGUGGGCAAUAUUCAUCCGCGCAACAGCGAUCGUUUCAUCACGGACUAUGCCGCCAAGAAUGUGGUGGUGAUGAACUCGGGUCGCUCCAGCGCCGAGCUGGAGCAGGUCUCCGCAAUUUGACCAAAACGUUGUUGCAAACCCAGCAGUUGGCUCCUGUGCAGCUGCUGUUGCCCCGGCAGCGGCCUGAAUGUCGAUGAUGAUGGCGACGAUGGCGCACUGACCACAAGAUACGUUCCAUGAGAUUCGGUCACGGCGGCCCCAACAACAACAAUCGUGGAGACAAUGGAGGCCGCCCAAAUGGAAACGGAACUGGUCUAAGUUUGGGUCAGAAAUUUUGGGUUCCUAAACGCAACAAUCAAAGCGUAGCAAUCCCAAACCAGGCACAAUUAACUAAUCCCCCAAAAGAAGCAAAUGACAAGAAACCUGUAAGUAUUAUCAGCGCAUCCUAGUGUCCUAAGCAAUCAACUAUCUAACUGGAGUUUGUGAAGAGUGUUUAUACUUAAUCGUAGUCAUAAGUCAACUUUAUAAUGUUUAAUAUGUGUGUAUGAAACAACUACAACUAACUAACUGAAAAAAAAAACAAAUCGUGAUUAGGUCUAAGAUCCCCUCA